AUGGCUCGAUUCAAUGAAACCAUAACUGAAGAUACUCGCUCCACCUUAUCACUGCGAACCCCGCAAUAUUCUCAUCAUUUCAUCAACAAUGGAACCCGUUCAUCGUUAUCUCGCAUGGACUCUCAGGUUGCGGAAACAGUUCAACCUUCAUCCUCAUCUUCCGCUAGUGAUUCCACACCUCAAACUUCACCGAUGUCACGGAAUUUCCACGCUCGAAUGGAACGUUCCCAAAUUCAGGCCAAUCCCUUGCUAAAAUCUUUAUACGAUCAAGUGGAUGUUAUCCUUCACGAUCCAUCCAUCGUCAAAAACGACCGAGAUAUUAUUAAAAUUUUUCAUACUGUUAUGGCAGCCAUAGAAAAGAAUUUGGCGGACCCCGAAUCGUUGCUUUACAAGAGUCCGACUAACAAUAGGCUGGGUCAAUUAUUCGGACUGCCGGAAAAUGGAAAUGGAAUCAGUAUCACUCUAAAUUUGAUGAGACCUAAGAUCCAUGAGUCCAUGGAAACGGAGAGAACAUCGCAAUUGACAGAAUCACAAACUGCCCAAUCUCAGAAAUCUUCGACAUUGAUCGAAUACGGAGUUGGCGCGACAUCACAUUAUAGCAAAUUUCCGAGAAAUACGACGUGUCAAUCAGGAUCUCACGUUUACACUUCAUGCCAACAGUGA